CUUCAUGAUAUGACGAAUAUUGUUCUAGGUCUUUACUCCUUUCUUUUUCUAUGUAUUCAUGAAUCCGUUGAGCAGGCAGCUAGUUUUGGCUGGCCUGGGAAGUACCUAUUCUACUACCAUAAGCAUACAACUGCGUCUUGAUGUGCUGCUCUGAUGUCUCUGUUCUCUGAUUCCAGCGGUUCUCUAAACCCAGCUCGCUUCCCCUCAGCACCUUCCGAUCUCAGUGCAGCUUCGUCAGGAGAUAGAGAACGAGUUCUACCUGCAGAAUUGGACAGAUUUCUUAUCUCCGGAAACGACAUAGAAAGUUUCUGGAAUCCCCAUGGAAAGCGGGAGAGGCAGUCUACAACUGCUUCUACUUCGAGGAGUAACGAUGGCUCUACCAGUCCUAAGAGUGCUGCUAGAAGUGGUUCAUCUUCGCCACCUUCAUCUGCGCUAGGCUCUUUUGCUGGCUCAUCUGAUUCUGAAGCUUCUGAAUCUGAAGGGCAAGUAGAUGCUGGUGGUUUCUACACGAGUAUAGCAACAGCUAUCAAAUAUUUCGUUCAUACUUUUUUUGAUGCAGUGACGCAUGAGCUUUCGCCCAACAGAAACAACGCGUCGUUGACAAUUCUCGGUGCACGGCCUAAACCUGUUACAGACGGUGCUUACUUCGUCACUUUAGAAGCAUUGAAACGGCAUUGCGAUGAUGCCAUAGGCCGGGCGACGUUGCGUGACAUGGUCUUGUUUGGCUUGAGUUUUUUCUAUUUGAAAGACCACGCCUUGCCUAGGCGAAGUGCUGAUACUGAAGAUGGACACAAGAUGAAUAUAGAACAUGGCAAAAUCAAGAAGGUCGAACAAAUGGUGAUGGAAGCGACAUCUUCACCUUCUCUUGCAGCUCUUGCCGAAGCCGACACACACCAGAAAGUAGACCAACAACCUUCUGUCAUUCCAACGCUUCUACAUUCAGUCUUACCAACUGUCUUCCUCUGCGUCCACAACGAUAGAUACAGUGGCAGCUACGGCUUCAAAGCAAGUGUCCCUUAUCUGCAUUUGCAUGUAACGAACCAAAAACGCUAUCCUGAAUUCGUUCCGACAGCCAGACCCUGGCUAGGUCCCGCGGAUUUCGGAUACCAAGGUGCAUGGGAGGAGCAUGGCGCAGCUUGCGUUCCUGGAAUGGUUGCGAUUGCGAACAAUACUCACACCUACAGCGACAUCAACACUGAAUUUACCAACGCUCUUGAGGAUGUCGCCACACGGUUGUGGCACCUCAUCCCGCCACAUCAUGAUACUAGCAUCGACUUUCUAGACCAAGAAAGAACUCCAGCAGAGCAGGAAGAAAUAGUCUUUACUUGAAGAUGCACCAGAGCAUGUAAGUUCACAGCAGGUAUACACACGCAUGAAACAUCCACUGGCGCUUGGUGCCUAAGUGCACCAGUAGUACCUUCAUUCUUCUUCCCACCUGCACCUCCACCACCCGAUGCGAUAAUGAACUCCAUAUCAUCAUCCCGUUCGUCGAUGAAGGCGUCUCGGUACAAGCAUAGAAAGGGUGGCGAAUAUCUGUCGUUCCACUCUUGACAU